AUGGAUGAAAACAUACAAUCAUGGGAAGAUCUUAUCAUUAAGCGUAGCGGAUAUCCAAAGUUCAAAUCACGCACAUGUUGUAUCUACAAUAGUAGAUCAAAGCAUCCUGCCAAUGAUCCAGAUAAGUUGUGCCCUUGCGGUCGUAUGAUUCGUCGUCAUAGUUUACUUGGCGAUUGUCUAGAAUCCACAGAGGCAAAGAGGGGAAAUACUGAAUUCCCAACACCUGAUAGAUUUCUCGACGGUAAAAAACAUUCCGUUGAAGUGCCUGUCAAUGUAUUUGGAACGUUGCAACCGAGCGGUUGCAAGUUUCUGCAAAUAGAUGUUCGAUCGCCAAUGGAAAAUAUAUUUCAAUUAAUUCUCGAAGAUUGUGGAGAACAGAAACCAGCUCUCAUUUUAAGUGUUUAUGGUGGCGCUAAAUAUUUUACAAUGACAGAACGACUUGAAAAAGAAUUUAUAAGAGGUGUUAUUGAUGCUGCUACUAUGGCCAAUGCGUGGAUUCUUACUACCGGCAUCAAUAAUGGGGUAUCAAAAUUGGUCGGUGAAGGCAUAUCACAUUAUUCUCUCUUACGUGAAUAUUCGAAUAAAGUGAAAUGUAUUGGAAUGACUAUGUGGGGUACAAUAAAUGAAAAUACACGUCUUAAACUCAAGCAUACAUCGAGCGGUAAUCCACCACCAUUAUGCGAACGACAGAUUCCAGCACAAAUCGAAGAAGAUAGAGAAACAAUCGAAUUGAAUCAUACACAUUGUAUUUUAUUCGAUAGUGGUAAAUUGUUUGACUAUCUCAGUGAUUCACAGCGUAAUCAGUUUGUUAUCGAAGCAUGCAAAGAUACAGGUGAUGGUCAUACAUGCUAUGCCGUAACAAUCAUUGUCGAAGGAGGCACAGGUAGCCUUGAAAUUCUUGAAAAUGAUAUAACAGGAAAACGGCCAAUUGUUUUGAUUCAAGGUAGUGGCCGCUUAGCCGAUUUACUCGCUAUGCUUAUCGAACAGACAUCAAAUCCUGAUCGAACUCAAUAUUGGGAUCCAGAGCAGCAAGAAAUCCAGCAAGCUCUUGAUCGAUUUUUCCCUGAUCUUCCCGAUUCAGAAGGUUCUACAGUAAAAAACCAAAUUCAAAAAAUUCUGAAAAAGGAGAAUCGUCACCUGCUACAUGUUUUCUCAAUGGAUCGUGAUAGAAAUGUAGCUGAAACGAUUUUCAAGGCUAUAUUUACAGCUACAGAAAAGAAAACUAAAUUAGAAUAUAAUCAGAGAAACAAGAAUGAAUUAUUGGAGCAAGAAAAACAACGUCGAAAAGAUGAAGAUAAACUAGUAGAUUUGGCACUUGAAUGGAAUUAUUUCGAUGGUGUUUUACAAAUAUUACAAGCACGACAAGGCGAACUUAUCAAGAAAGAAAAAGAUUUCAUUCAGGUAGAUAUCGCACGGCAAAAACAAUUGUUCUUGAAAUCUCUGGAAAAAAAGCGCUCAACAUUUAUUGAAUAUUUUCUUAUUUCUGGUUUUGAUCUAUUAACUUUAGUCGAGAAUGAUGAUAUUCCUAGAUAUCAAAAAUUUAUUUUAGAGUUAUAUAACAAAAGUUAUAAAGAAAUGAACAAGAGCCAUAAGAGUCGCGUAAAAAUGUUAUUUGGUGCAACAAGUUUUUCUUCGAUGCAAGAAAUCGACUAUAAGUUAAAUAAAUUUGUCGGGUCCUUUUUUGGAUCGAUCUGCUCCUCUAAAAACAAUAGUUUUCUAAAUCGCAUUAAAAUUGAUUUGAACAAUCGUGUAUGCACUUGCUAUGGAUCAAAUGAGCAUGUUGAAGAAAAUUAUGAAUUAAAUGUUAUUCAAAAUAUUGUUAAAGUUUAUCCAACAGAAAACAACUAUACAAAACAUCACAUUUUGCGUGAUCUAUUUUUAUGGUCUAUUUUUAUGGAUAUGCCUGAAAUGGCUAAAGUCUUACUUUUUCAUGUCCGAUCUCGUAUUUGUGCUGCUCUUAUUGCUUCAGCUAUAUUUAAAGAAUAUUCAAAAUUGUCGCCAACAGUUGAUAUGAGAGAUAAAUUUCAAACUCAAUCGUUGGACUUUGAAAUAUAUGCGUCAAUGUUUGUUGAUAAAUGUUAUGAAUAUAACGAGAAACGUGCUUGUGAAUUACUUCUACGACAAAUACCGAUUUUUGGAAAUGUUACAUGCAUGCAGCUUGCUAUAUCAAGUGCAAGUAGUAAAUUACUUGAAACAGCUUGUUUUGACCAAACAUUAAAUCAAGUAUGGUUUGAUAAAUUAUCUUUGAGUAACCAUCAACUAAAAGCAAAAGUAUCGCGAACUCUUGCAAUUAUGACUUUUGGCUUAAUAGCACCUUGUACAGUCAGUUAUCGAAAAGAAACUGACGAUUCAUCGAAUAAUACCAAGGAUGAUGCCUUAUCUCAAGAUGGUAUAAACUAUUAUGCUGAUGAAGGAAAUUCCAAAAAAGGAAAAUGGACAACUUAUUGGAGACGAUUUCGCUAUUUUCAUGAAAGCCCAAUGGUAAAAAUGUCUUAUCAUUUUAUUAACUAUCUAUGGUUUCUACUUGUAUUCAGUUAUAUGAUGCUUUAUCAUCUUGAUGGGCGAGACACAUUUAAUAUUCAUUGGACUGAAAUCUAUGUGAUUAUUACUGUUUCCUCUAUGCUUUGUGAAGAAGGUCGAAAAGUUUAUCAUGAAUAUGAUACACGCAUGACUGAACGAUGGGGUUCAACUGGAUCUACUGCUUUAACAUUAUUGUCGAAUAUAUUUUAUAUUCUACCUUAUUUUCUAUUUUAUUUGGGUCUUGGCUUUCGAUAUGGUAGUUAUAAUGAAGAUUUACUUACUACUGCAAGAAUCAUUUGGGCACUUGAUCUUGAACUAUGGUAUCUUGGGUCGCUGAAAUUUGUUAUAGCUUUAAAAUUUUUAGGUCCAAAAUUAUUUAUGCUAAAAAAUAUGCUUCGUGAUUUAUUUGCUUUUGUCUAUAUGAUUUUUAUAGCAAUAGCUGCUUAUGGAGUUGUAUCUCGAGCGUUGAUUUAUUAUAAAGAAGUACCAUUCACAAGUCGUGGGAUUUUUAGCGGAAUUUUUUAUGAACCAUAUUGGUUUAUUCACGGAGAAGUGUCGGAUAAAGACUUGCUUGAUGAGCGAAUUAUGAAUGGUACGAACGAUGGAGGAAAAGGCGUUGCAGAAGCAACAGCAACACAUAUUUUGUUGGGAUUUCAUAUGUUAUUUAUUAAUGUUCUUUUACUCAAUUUACUGGUUGCCGUUUUUGCUGAUUCCAUUGGUAAAGUUCAAGAAAAUACAGAAUUUUAUUGGCGUUAUCAACGUUAUUCAUUUGUACGAGAAUAUUUCGAGCAUUUACCAUUAUCCUAUCCUCCGUUAAUUAUUAUCUCACAUAUCAUAUUAAUUAUUUUGAAUAUUCAAAAUAUAUGUUGCUCGAGCGCGCGUCGACAUCGAAUAGUAAACGAUGAUUAUUUACCAAUAUCGAAAAAAUUCACACGUAUUUUUAAGAUGAUUCCUAUGCAAUACUCACAAAAUGAACAGUGGGAUUUAUUUGAAAAUGCUGCAACGUACAGUUAUGCUCGUUCAAUAUUGCAAACAAAUAAAAACAACAAUAAUUCAACUAUCAAUCAUAGCAAAUCAAGUAAAACAUUGACUACAAUGGAUUCGAAUAUUGAAAAAGCCACUGCUGAUCAGCAAAAAACAAUACAAAAUUUAUAUGAAUUAAUGACAACAUUCCAAUCAGCUCUCAGUGAAACUCAGAAGGCAUUAGAACAAACUAAUUCAAGAAUGGAAAAUCGUUUAGAUCAGAUUAGUAAAUCACUUGAAUCGACAAGGAAUACAACUUCAUAUGGGAAAACGAAAGAUCAGACAGUUUCAAGACCUACAUCCAGCACAUCUUCUGUAAAAAGUGAUGUCUCGUUUAGAAAUCAAGCAACAACAUCAACCAGAAAGUCUGCUCAAUAA